CGAGUUUUACUUUUGACACCUCAAAAGCAUUUAAAAGCCAUUACUUGCCCGAGCUUUCACGUAUACAGAGUUGGAAGAAAGAGAGAUUGAUAGAGACAUAGACAUAGACAGAGACAGAGAUAGCGAUUGAGCUGAAGAUCCUCCUCAAUGACUAGAUAGGAGUAGAGAGAUCUUCGAUGGCUGCAGGUUCAUCAGAAAUCAGAUCUAAUGCCAAGGUGAAACCCAACCUAGAUUCGUCUUCCAAGGGAAAGGCUGUUCUAUCUGUUAACAAGAAGAAGAUUGAGAGCUCAAACAAACAAUCGAUUGAUUCUAGGAAUAAAUCUUUCUCCUCAGUAACAAAAUCAGAGGUGAAGAAAUCAACAUCAAAUUCAUCGAUAUCCGUCACCAAGACCACAACUACUGUUAAGGCGAAAGGGAAAAAAGUUUUCACUUUGCCCGGCCAGAAAUAUGAUCCUCCUGAAGAGAGGGAACCCCUUAGGAUAUUCUACGAAUCAUUGUCGAAACAGAUACCUUCAAGUGAAAUGGCUGAAUUCUGGAUGAUGGAACAUGGCUUGUUAUCUCUCGAAAGAGCCAAAAAAGCAUAUGAGAGGAAGCAAAGGAAGCAACAACAACUGAGGAUGGGAACCCCCACUAAGCCUCCAAAACUGGACAAACCAGAAAGCUCACAAAAGCAGCAGCAGGCCUCAAAGAACAGUGAUCUAAAGGUCAAGAAAAGAAUAAUGACAGAGAGCAACAGUGACGAUGAUUUCAUUGUGAAGUAUAAGAAAGUCAAGGGAUGAGAAAGCUGAGUUUAAGAGUUAUCCUUGAUUUCUAGCAGUGUAAGACUAAAAUUUUUCCAGAGUAGCAAGGAAAAUUGAUUUAGAUUCAACAUCCAACUUGAACAGAUGAACUGCCAAAAGGCAAGCAUUUUUAGUCAUUCCUACACAAAAGGUAGAUUCAGACAUUCUUUGUAUCUUCUAAUUCAUGGAAAAAGAAAAAAAAAAUUAAUAAUAAGGAGCUGACAUUUGGAUUCUUCUUCA